AUGGCCCACUUCCGCAGCAGGCGUAAACGGCGACAGACAGUGAUUCGAAUUCUUUUCUUCGCGUUCGGCUUUGCGCUCUGGUACCAUGCCAUCUUCGGCUGGACGGGUGCCCUGCUGGCUGGGGAUGGUCUCCAGGGCGACCCUCUGGCCGCGAGAAACGCUACCUUAGCCAUCAAGCACGAACAUGGCUUGAUGGGAGUCAAUUUGACCGGUCGACUAUCGACUGAGGCUGUUCGCGACGUACCCAAGGUCGAUAUUGUUACCGGAGGAUGGGAGCGAAAUGCUCAAAAGUCAUUGCAGCGUCCAGCAGUGUCAAAUGGCAGUCCCAGACCGAAAAAGGAGAAAGGGGAUUCGGAAUCGCCGAAUUUCCAACUUGCGCUUCGUCGUGUGCUUGAGUUAUUGCCUGAUGAGUUACGCAUUCGCGACUUGCUCCGUCCGAUUCAGGGCUUUGGAGAAGAUCGGAUCCUCGAACUGGGUCUGCGGACGCGGUCGUUCAAGUCACUCCUGGAGCCGUGGGAAGCUCUUCAUUUAAUCACCAGCGAUGAUAAGCAUUAUGUGCGCGAUGAUGUUAUUCAGUCUCUGCGAAAGCACCCAGGGAUCACCGACAGUCUCGAAAUGCCUCUGUCCCAGGUUGUCAGGUCCUACGAAGCAUAUCGCUCGCUGAUCACCGGUCUCUCGACUCUCUUGUUCCCCUGGACCGCUCCCUAUUACGCGGAUCAUAUGACCCUGCACGCGCAGCUGUUCAACGGUGGCCGCGGAAUCGUCUUCACGGCAGGAGACCACCACGCCCCAUUCCUGAUGACUUCUAUCCCCGCCCUCCGACAACUGGGUUGCGAUCUUCCUAUCGAGAUCAUGUAUCUCGGAGACUCAGACCUAAGCGAAGAUGUUCGCGCAUACCUUGAAUCUCUCCCUGGCGUGGUCACCCGAGAUCUCAGCCAGAUGGUGAACGACGCAGGCUGGACACUGACCGGGUGGGCGGGAAAGCCGUUUGCCAUUCUUCUUUCCAGCUUCCGGGAUGUCAUAUUCAUCGAUGCGGACUCGCUAUUCUUUCAGAACCCCGAGGUCUUGUUCCGGGAUCCUGCGUACAUGGAAACUGGCGCUCUGUUUUUCAAGGAUCGCCUGAUGAUGCCCGAGUCGAAGAAACGCUGGUUGCAGCGGAUUUUGCCCCGGCCCAUCUCGAAACAUGUCACUCAGAGUCGUUUCUGGACCGGGGAGAGUGGUCAUAUGCAAGAGUCGGGGGUUGUGGUUGUGGAUACGUGGAAGCAUUUCGUCUCACUUUUGCUGGUGACCAGGCUGAAUGGACCGGAUCGAGAUGGCAGUCCUGCUUACGGUAGAGGGGUUUAUGAUAUGGUUUAUGGUGAUAAAGAAACCUUCUGGCUCGGCUGGGAACUCGCCGGCGACACUGACUAUGAAUUCCACGACGGCCAUGCGGGCAUCAUGGGAAGUAUCGAGCCACCCUCAGAAUUUUUCACGGCGAAUUCCACUGCAGAAGAUCCCCCUUCGAACUACACUAUCUGUGGUCCUCAGCUACUACACUUUGACCGACGCGGUAAACCGCUCUGGUUCAAUGGCUGGCUAGCGUCGAACAAGUUCGCGGAUUGGGAGCAUCAGCAACCUAGUAAAUUCACUGCAUAUCUGCAUGAACCGCGGACGGUGCGUGAUCCGGGAGCCUGGCAACUCCAUGGAGACAAUAUUUGCUGUCUGACAUCGGACCAUCUGUUUGACUUCACUCGAGGCGAAACGGACACGCUGGAGAUGAUGGUUGACUUUGGUAGAAGGGCCGGGGCUCUGGGGAGGCUGGAAGGCAUGGAUGGUUCGAUAUGA